CUCCCGCCCUUCGCUGCGCUCUGCGCCCGCCGCCCCGGGGCGCACCGCUCCUUUCCAGGAGUCCCGCCGCCUGACUGUCGCAACUGCCACCCCGUGGCCCCCCUGUCCCCCUCCCCCGCCCACGCUUCGGCCCCGCUCCCCUCCCACCCCCGCCCCCGGCUCUGAUUUCUUCUCUCCAGCGAGCUCUGCAGGAGACACAGGCUGCUCGGUCCGCUCUCCGCCUCCGCCGCGCCCUCCUCGCCGGGGAUGGCCCCCCCUGCCGCCACCGCCGCCGCUGCCGGCGGAGUCCUCGUCUCCCGGCAGCCGCCUCGGUCGCCGCGCUUGCCCUAAAGCCCGGCGGUCCGCGAUCCCCGGCUCACCCCGCAGCCUCGCCCCCCUCACCCGUGCCAGACUGCGGUAGAGCGCUCACGAUGCUGCCGCCGGUGCCCUCCCGCCUCGGGCUGCUGCUGCUGCUGCUCCUGUGCCCUGCGCACGUCGGUGGACUGUGGUGGGCUGUGGGUAGCCCCCUGGUCAUGGAUCCUACCAGCAUCUGCAGGAAGGCCAGGCGGCUGGCAGGACGGCAGGCUGAGCUGUGCCAGGCAGAGCCGGAAGUGGUGGCAGAGCUUGCCCGGGGCGCAAGGCUGGGGGUCCGAGAAUGUCAGUUCCAGUUCCGUUUCCGACGCUGGAACUGUUCCAGUCACAGCAAGGCCUUUGGGCGCGUCUUGCAGCAGGACAUUCGAGAGACAGCCUUCGUGUUUGCUAUUACUGCAGCCGGCGCCAGCCACGCGGUCACGCAGGCCUGUUCCAUGGGAGAGCUCCUGCAGUGUGGUUGCCAGGCACCCCGUGGGCGAGCACCACCUAGGCCCACUGGUCUUCUGGGCACCCCUGGACCUCCAGGACCAGCAGGUUCCCCAGAAGCCAGUGCAGCCUGGGAGUGGGGAGGCUGUGGAGAUGAUGUGGACUUCGGGGAUGAGAAGUCAAGACUCUUUAUGGAUGCACAGCACAAGCGGGGACGUGGCGACAUCCGUGCACUGGUGCAACUGCACAACAAUGAGGCAGGCAGGCUGGCGGUGCGGAGCCACACGCGCACCGAGUGCAAGUGCCACGGGCUGUCGGGUUCGUGCGCUCUGCGCACCUGCUGGCAGAAGCUGCCUCCGUUCCGCGAGGUGGGCGCAAGGUUGCUGGAACGCUUCCACGGAGCCUCUCGCGUCAUGGGCACCAACGACGGCAAAGCCCUGCUGCCCGCAGUCCGCACGCUCAAGCCCCCAGGCCGAGCCGACCUCCUCUACGCCGCCGACUCGCCCGACUUCUGUGCCCCCAAUCGGCGCACCGGCUCGCCGGGCACGCGCGGCCGCGCCUGCAACAGCAGUGCCCCGGACCUCAGCGGCUGCGACCUGUUGUGCUGCGGUCGCGGACACCGCCAGGAGAGCGUACAGCUCGAGGAGAACUGCCUGUGCCGCUUCCACUGGUGCUGCGUGGUGCAGUGCCACCGCUGCCGCGUGCGCAAGGAGCUCAGCCUGUGCCUCUGACUCGCGCCUGCCUCGCAACUGCGCGCAGCCCUCUUGGCAAUCUGCGGGACCACUGGAUUCCAGCAGGCGGCGCUGUCUGAGCCCAGCUGCUCUCUAGGGAAAAUACAUAUCUAACUAAGCCUUGAGACACUUGCAGGGGCUGGGAGCUUGAGGUUUACACGUGCCUACGAAGGCUUGAGGACCCUGCCCCUCCAGCAUUCCCCAGAAGGGUCCUGUGCUGUUUUUCUUUUUUGCUGGAGACGAUGCAAACGCUCCCUCCCUUUGGCCUCCCAGAUGGAAAUAAAAAAAA